AUGUCGCAUGAAUUUCUACGUUCUUCACCUGCUCGAGAUGAUCUGAGUAGCGACUCGAAACUGAAUAGGGCCUCUUCUAUUGUGAAAACACCAGCUACAAACAAGGUAACGUCGACACCAUUCCAUAAAUCAUUGGCACAAUCAGCAAAGAAAAUACAUGCUUCACAAUCACAGCAGCAACAACAACAGGCUCCUUCGUUGACAAUACCACCAUCAGCGUCGAAAUUGACAAAUCAACUAUCAAGCCUAACUGGCUGGACCCCACUCAUUUCAAAGACUUAUUCUAAUGAACAGAUUAUUUCAUUCAACUCCACACCAAAUAAACUAUUUAUAUCAUCGGCAUUACUGCAAGCACAGAUACAACCACAACUACUAAAUCAACCACAACCACCACAACCACCACAACAGCAGCUGCAGCAGCUGCAGCAACUGGUCCCACCAAGUGCCAACACAUCAACAAACUUUGCUCCAAAUUACAACGCCAAUGACUAUGAGUAUCAAAAUUUUGGAUUGACACCAUUCAUCAGUCACAAUUUCAACUUCAACUUCUUGAGUGGUAGUAAUCAAGUAAACAGUGUAACACCAUUCAAUGAAAAGAUUUUUCAACAAAAUUGUGAAUUUUUCAUCGAUUCUCCAAUAAGGUCAAAUAAAGAUGGCGCUGAUGCAUACAAUACUAGUUUGAAUUUUGAAAACUUUAGCAUAACUCCAUCGAGGUUCAACUUGAAUACAGUUGCAAGUAAUCGAAAGGUUUUACAAGAUCCUUUGAAAAGUGCAACAAAGAGAAGUAUCAAUAUGGUGGAUACCCCGCCAAGAGUUCCUCACAAAUUGAGCAUCAUUACCCGAGCUGAAAAUGAAGACAAUGAGAAGGAAGUAAUUAAAAAAGAGGCCAGUGCACCUGAUGACGACAAGGACACUGAAGAUGAAUCAGAUAGUGACGAUGAAGAUGAAGCCCAAUUGCAGGCAAAAUCGCCAACUAUUACCAGUCGAGUAAAGAAAGAAUUGAUAAAAGAUGGGAAAAAAGAGAACGAUGAUAUUGACAGUGAAAAUAGUGUACUACUACCACAAACCCCAUGCAAAAAGAGUCUGCAAGAUGUGUCUAAUCAACCCAAAUUGAGUUUCAACACGCCGACAAAUAAACAAACAAGGCCCGAAUCCCCAUCAACAAUACUAGUAGCAUCCACUGAGAGACUUUCAAAAAUUAGCCUUGAUGCUGGUCUCGAUAACAAGGCGAUGGCUAAGCUUGAUGAAAGAGAGGAUGACGAGGAUGACAAGGAGAAUCAGCCUCCACCAAGUCCCACUCCAGCAAAGAUUUCAAACCAACCAAAGAUGGGGGUAUUUUCUGAAGCCAAGCCAAAGAAAGUCAUGGCAAAGCCAAAGCAUAUCAGCAGGUCUUCCAUGGAUACAACUACUACAACAACCUCUUUCAAAUCAGGUUGUACUUUCACCACCACAUCUUCGGGAAAGACACUAGACGCUGGCAAAGCGAAAGACCCCAAGAAGUCAAGGGCAGAAAAUAAAGCCCGAAUGCAAGCAGGAAUGAAUAAAUUUCAGAUUGUUUUAACUGACGUGAAUUCGAUAUCGGGGAAGAAAAAGAAAUCAAAUAGUUGUAAUAAUGGUGUCGUUGUCAAGAAGGAUUCCAAGAGUAAACCAAGCAUCAAGAUGGAACCAACUCAAUCGGUGCCCAUACCGCUACAACCACCACAAUUGCACCCUCAACUGUCAUCAAUCAUGGACAAUCAUAAUGUAACAAUCUCUUCGUCGAAAGAACAUAAUAAUAGUAGUAUACUAUCGCACAACAGCAUGAACUCAAGUCACCUCAACUUAACCACAGAUCAUUCGUCAUUUGAAAUUGGUGGACACGGCAGUGGUGGAUACUCAUCAACUCCCAAUUCAAAAAUGUUGCUUGAUAAAAUAUUUGAAAAACCUUCACCUAAUCAAUCACUAUUCUUUGCUCCUCAAGCUCUGCAACCACAAAAUGUACAACAACAGGGGCUACAUGUGUCUUACCAACAACCAAUGCCCAUGCCGCCACCGCCACCUUUACCGCUGGGCCAAACAGAAAAUAGCAGCGUUUUAGGUAGCAAGAUGCAUCCUCCACCAACUACGGCAACAGCAGUUUCACAACAACAUCAACAGCAGCCACUGGCAUCGUCUACUCAGACAAAUAGAGGACCAACUUUUGUGCAAUACCCCGUGAUGUCGAUGAUGUCAACACCACAACAUUCACAUAUAUACAACGUGGGCGACCUUAUGCCCAAUGGUCAAGCCACAGGUUCUCAAGCACCGAUGUCGACGUCGUCGUCGUCAGCAGGAAACUUUAUGCAGAUUCCAUCGCCAUGGAAUUUUACUUUUGGUACGCCACUGGGCUUUUCUACAAUAUUUAGUAAUUUGCCAUUCGGACAAACUACUACCACAGCCACUACGGGAAAUGGUGGUGGAGCUGGUGCUGCUAAUCUGUCGUCUUCAAGUGCAAGCAACACUGCUGCUGCUAUAGCUGCUGUCGCUGCAGCCUCUUCAAGUGAGACAAGAGACAAUUACAGUUGA